UGACGCGCCACAAAACCUCAGAAGCAGCGUGAAACCGCCCUGCGUGUGACGUCAGCAGCGGAAGACGACCGAGAGCGGAAGUUUUCGCUGGUCACAUUAAACGCCUAAAACAGAUCACUUUUAACAGCUUCCUGAUGUCUGAGGACGUCUACGAGAAGUUCCUGGCUCCAGAAGAGCCGUUUCCCCUGCUGUCUCAGAGAGGGAUCUCCAGUGAAGAUGCCACGCUGGACGCCAGUGACUUCGGCUUUCAGCUGUCCUCGUGUCACCGGACCGACCCUCUGCACCACUUCCACAGCAGCAGGUGGCACCUGACCUCCUGUGGCACCAGCGUGGCCAGCUCAGACUGCAGCGAGGAGCUCUUCUCCUCAGUGUCUGUGGGAGAUCAGGACGACUGCUACUCUCUGCUGGACGAGCAGGAGCUGUUCCCCGAGGGCAGCGUGUGCAGCGACGUGUCCUCCUCCAUCAGCACAUACUGGGACUGGUCAGACUCAGAGUUUGAGUGGCAGUUAGCAGGCAGUGAUAUAACCAGCGGCAGCGAUGUGCUGUCAGACAUCAUUCCCAGCGUGCCCAGCUCACCCUGCCUCCUGUCCAGAAGAAGAAACAAACCACACCGAAACCUGGACGAGCUGCCCUGGAGCGCCAUGAGCAACGACGAACAGGUGGAAUAUAUUGAGUAUUUGAGUCGAAAGGUGAGCACAGAGAUGGGACUGCGAGAGCAGCUUGACAUCAUUAAAAUAAUCGACCCGAGCGCUCAGAUUCUGCCGACAGACAGCGAGUUCAUCAUCGAGCUGAACUGCCUCACCGAUGAGAAGCUCAAGCAGGUGCGGAGCUACAUCCGGGAGCAGAGUCGACGGCAGCAGCGCAGUGUGAAGAGGAGUCUGGCCAGCAGUGUGAGCGCUCACAGCAGCAGUAACACCAGCAUCACCAGCAGCAUCAGCAGCAGCAGCACCUCCACCACCUCCAGCAUCAGCAGAGCUCACAGCGACGGGAACCUGGCCUCCGCCGCAGAGAGGAUACGAGACUCCAAGAAGCGCUCGAAGCAGAGGAAGCUGCAGCAGAAGGCCUUACGCAAGCGUCAGCUGAAGGAGCAGAGACAGGCUCGUAAGGAGAGACUGAGCGGUCUGUUCCUGAACGAGGAGGUGCUGUCUCUCAGAGUCACCCAGGAGGAGGAGGAGGACCACUGCGAUGACCUGGAUGUGCUGAUGUGACCCCAGUGACCCUUCAGUGUUCCUUCAACACCUCGUCCACGCCGCACUGACCAGCAGUUAUUAUACUCAUAAAGUCUCUCGCAGUAAAACACAUCUGCAGUCACCCUUCAUCAGUCAUCUCUACCACGCUACAAUAAUCCUCAGUAUAUACCUCAGUCUCAGAGUCCAACAGCAAAACCUGUUAUUAAACACUACUAGGGAAAUUAAAGAUAAAUGAUAAAGUACCUAACCUUAAUUGCAUAUGAUACCAAGUUAAAACCGUACCUGGUAUUAAUCAAACUCUAGAGAUCAGAGCUUGUGUCCGAAUAACUCAAGUCUUAUUUUAGUCAAAGGCAUUAAAUGAUAGGAAGGAUGAUUUACACUUGUGAUGAGCGUGAAUCUUCAGAGACUGAUAAAUAUGAACAGCAUCAAAAAUGUAUUUACAUAAAAAAAAAAAAUGCAUUCAACUCUUGCCCAGAAAACACCUUUUUAUAACAGCGCUGUUAGAUUUACAUUACAUACACAUUAUACCAUAACAUCUCAAACAACAUAAGCUCUGACGCACAUUCCUCGCAGUCAUCUCAUCCAAGUGAUUAAAAGCAUUGAAAGGACAAAGAAGAACGUUUAAACGUGAAUUUCAUGGUGUUAUACAUUGACGUCAACACUGAUCAUGUGUUCAUAACAUGUAGAUUAAUUAUAGUGCGGUUAUUGUGUGAAGUACAUACAUGUUGAACUCAGUGUAGAAGGAACACUGACGACUCCAGGCGGUUUAUACUUUACAAAUGACACUUUUUGACAUUAAAAUAUGAAAAGAAAUAUAUUUCACAAUAACUUUAAUCAUGUUUGUUAACCUGCUAUUACAGAAAAUAUUACUAGUGCUCUCCUAGGCAGAUUGGAGAAAGUGAUAUUGUACUGUGAUUAUAUUUAUGUAAUGUUUUACUGUAUAAAAAAAACAAACUCAUUCAUUUCUUACAUCUUGUCUUUUGUUUAGGUCAGAACCUUUUGUUAUUUAAGCUAUUUCAAAUUUAAGCUUCAUUUUCUUUUUCAAUUCAAGCAAUGACCCCCCCCCCCAAUAAAAUAAUUUAGUUUAAAUGUGUCUAAAGAACAUAUUUUUGUUUCAUUUCUAAGACAUCUAUGUAGAUAUUAUGAUCCAGACAUAAAUGUAAAUGUAUAAGGUAAAGUUAGUAUGACUUAACUGCUUUGCUCUAAUGUCUGAAUAUUCUUAAUUGUAACAGAAUAAACUUUAAUUAUGACGA